CGCCGGGGUCCCCGCUAGUUAGGGGCGCUCCCGUCCUCUCCCCCUGCCCCACCCCCGCCGAUGGGCCGGCCCGGCUCUCCCUGCCGAGAAAUGGGCCGGCCCGGCGGCGCGCGGGCAGCGGCGGCGGCGGCUGUCCAAGAUGGCGGAGCUGCAGCUGGACCCGGCGAUGGCAGGGCUGGGAGGGGGUGGCGGGAGCGGGGCGGGCGACGGCGGCGGCCCGGGCCGUGGGCCCCCCAGCCCUCGCCCGGCUGGCCCCACGCCCCGCGGGCACGCCCGCCUGCCCGCCGCCGUCGCGCAGCCGCUGGACCCGGGUCCUGGACCUCCCGAGCGGGCGGGGGGCGGCGGCGCGGCCCGCUGGGUCCGGCUGAACGUGGGCGGCACCUACUUCGUGACCACCAGACAGACUCUAGGCCGGGAGCCCAAGUCUUUCCUCUGCCGCCUCUGCUGCCAGGAGGACCCGGAGCUGGACUCGGACAAGGAUGAAACAGGAGCCUAUCUGAUUGACAGAGACCCCACUUACUUUGGUCCUAUCCUAAACUACCUCCGCCAUGGGAAACUCAUCAUUACUAAGGAACUGGCAGAAGAAGGUGUGCUGGAGGAAGCAGAGUUUUACAACAUCGCUUCUCUUGUGCGGCUGGUUAAGGAAAGGAUACGAGACAAUGAGAACAGAACUUCACAAGGCCCUGUGAAGCACGUGUACAGAGUCCUACAGUGCCAAGAGGAAGAGCUCACACAGAUGGUCUCCACCAUGUCUGACGGCUGGAAAUUUGAACAGCUAAUCAGCAUCGGAUCCUCCUAUAACUAUGGAAAUGAGGACCAGGCAGAAUUCCUCUGUGUCGUCUCCAGAGAACUAAAUAAUUCUACCAAUGGCAUCGUCAUAGAGCCGAGCGAAAAGGCAAAGAUUCUUCAGGAGAGAGGAUCUCGGAUGUAAGCUGAGAUUCCGAAAUUUCAGAAUUCUGAAGAGCAAGAGGGCAAUUCAGCGGAGCAGCUCCACGCAGUUAAGUCUUACACCUGUAUAGUAACCGAGCUACUGCAAAGCAAAGCUGAGCCUGCCCCGGGGAAGACGUGUCCUGGUUUAAACCAAAGGAACCCCACCCACCUUUGGGACUCCAGACAGAUGCACCUCUGGCUGCAGAUCCCCUUUUCAGAACCUGCUUUUGUUGUCAUAGCCAGUGUUGUGACAGAUCUUUACAAUAGCAGCCAUGUUUGGGUCCCCAGUUGGAUCCUUUUGGGGACCUGGGGGAAGAAGGAAGAAGGCCUAGCUCCUUGGAAACAGCCUAGACAUCAAGGAAGCUGGAGCAGACAAAGGAGGACUGUCCCAAGCUGUGCCCUGGUCUCACCUGCGUGUGCCACACUUUCCCCCCACUAGGCACCCUCAAGAUGUGUAGCAGAUGCAGAGGGUUCUAGCUUCAGUGUGUCAAAUUGAGGUUUUGACAGAGGAUGGAGUCGCCAGAGGACCCACAUUCCUGUGACCAGAGCCUCUCAGGCAGGGGAGGCUGGGGUGUCCUCUGCCCUGGGAGGGUGGCAGUUCCUGCUUUCCCACAAGUGGCUUUGUCUGGUUUGUCUCCAGAAACUGGGCUCAACAUGACCUGCCCUCCUCAGGAGGAGGUUUGAGGCAGGUGGCAUCCUGCACCAUGUCAGACAAAGGAGUGCCAGUGGUUGUUAUGGCUGCUUCUGCAGCCUCUUCUUAGACCCAUUGACCCCGUCUUCCUUCCCCAGCUUUUUAAACUGGAUCAAAGAUAAAGGACUUUGAUGACCCUUUGAUGGCUUGGGGUGGGGAAGACUAUCUGUUUUGAAGUUGCCAAAUGUGUCAUGUCGCAUCUUAGAGUGUUGUUUCUGUGACUGUGUCUUGAAAAUGCCCUGACCAAACGUGCCAUGUUCGUGUCUCUCCUUGGUGUCUGACCUUGGCAAACCUGUCCACAGUGCUGCAGUGACUCCAUACCACCCCAGCAGUGUGUGUGCUUUGGUGGGCAGUCUGCAGACUUCCUGCAUCUCUGCCCCGAUCACGGCUUCUUCCUGGGGACCGCCAUGUUGGUGAGAAUGGAGUGUUGUCUGACCAGCAUGCCACAGCGGCCUCCUUUGGACUGUGACUGCAGAACUUGUAGUUGUACUUCCUCUCGGAGCUUCUGAGUCUCCAUGAGCAGUCAUGGAAGGCAGAGGGGCUGGAGAAACCCUUAUUUUCCCUAGACAGCUUUCAGAGGCACGUGGUUAAAGGGGAGGGUGCGCCAUCGAGGUUCUUUCUCUCUGCUCCACAGUUCAGCUCUUUGCCAGGGGCUCAAGGUCAGUGAUUUCUGGAGAGACUAGACUCUCCAGUGCCUGUUGAUCGUGUGCCCUGGCCAUGCCCAGAUGGUUUAGCUUUUCUUUAGGAGUCUCACUGUUUGCUUCUCCGUAGACUAGUGUAGAAAUGUGUGUACCGGGCUCCCACUGCACCUGCCUCAGCACCAGUGUAAAUGUACCUGUGGGUGCCUCCGACGUCUGUCUGUGCCUGGUGUGCUCAUGGCUGUAACAUGUUAGCCGAACUUCUUCCUGCAGGAGGAGUAGACGCCCCUUCUUCCAGAGGGCCACAGGCAUCCACCCUAUCACAUCUUUCAGGAAAACAAAAAAGGGUUUGGGUGUAGUCAAAGACAAGUAGAGAUGUUCUGCUCAGCGUAGGACAGAGGACCCCAGAAGAGAAGCCUUUGGCCAAACUGGAUUAAGUGCUGUCAGACUGGCUGGGAGAAGCAGGUUGGCAGCUGUGCGCUCAUACUGGUAGAGGCCCAGUGCCUCCGGCCCCACCCCAGUUUUGUCAGUGGGGAGGCUGGAGGGCAGGUGUGGAGCAGGCACCCCGUGAAUGCUCUGAUACCUUCAUUUAAGCUUGCACCGUUCCACAGCUGGUCCAGGCCCGGCGCUCUGGGUGCAGACAGGUGGUACUUCUGCCCUCUUGGGGGCUGGUGUGAAAGCUCUCCUCGCUGCAGCCCCUUCAGUUUAACUGUUCCAGGAGUCUGAAGAUGGCCCGUUUCUUGUGGUUUCUGGGAAGUAUUUUCCCGAAUCCUUUAUGAGCCCUGCUGGUUUUCUUGCUUGUCAGCCUUCUCCCUGGGAGUCUUGCUGACCCCUGCAGAGGGCAGCCUGCCUGUAGAUUUGGUGGUGUCACAUGACCAGCGACCCACACUUUGCUGUGCCCAGGACUGCCAAGUGGGGAGCAUCUUUCUACCUUCAUCUCUGCCCCAGGCCUAGGCCGGGAUGCUGCUGGCUGGGCCCAGGAGUGCCUCCCUCCCUGAGUGCUGAAGUGGCCCUGCCUUCGUCUUCCCCUUGGUGGUGGGUGAGGCACCCAGCUCCUGGAAAGUGACUUCAUUUCUGUGUAGUCACACAGUUGGGUGUCAGCAAGGUGUGGGGGAGGUGGUGGAGAUGCUGAGGGAAUAGGGCCCAAAGGACACCCACACCCUCCAGCAUGGCCUUUGGUCUGGACCUUUCAGACCAUGCCUGUCACUUGUGGGUGCCCUUUGUUACUGCUCACGCGUCUGAACAAAGUUUGAAAUGCUGUGACUUUUUUUUUUUGUCAAUAAAGAUGUG